AUGUUACUCCCCGCCCUCCUCUCCCUCACUGCCUUCCUCACAACAGCAUCCGCCCAAUCCGCCAACGCUACAAUCCGCUACAUGCCCUUCGGCGACUCCAUAACCGAAAUAAUCUGCUGGCGCUCCAAGCUAUGGCAACGCCUCCAAACCACGCCCUUCAACUCCUCCACCGUCGACUUCGUCGGCAGCGGCAAAACCGAGAACAAUUGCCGCGACACAACCUACGACCGCGACAACGAAGGCCACUCUGGUUUCCUCGCUAUUGACAUUGCGAAUAAAGGGCAGUUGGAUGGUUGGCUGAAAAGUAAUCCUGCGGAUGUGAUAACGAUGCAUCUUGGCACGAAUGAUAUUGUACAGCAGAAUAAAGCGGUGGCGGAUAUUAUCAAGGCGUUUGGGACGCUGGUGGGGAGUAUGAGGGGGGCGAAUCCGAGGAUGAAGAUUGUGGUCGCGCAAAUCAUCCCCAUGGGGUUCGGCAGCUACAACACCAAGAUCCAAGACCUGAAUCGCGCAAUCGUUCCUUGGGCUCAGGGUCUCAAUACGACAGAAAGCCCGAUCUGGGUUGUGGACCAGUAUACUGGGUUUAGUGGAACAGCGGACUUGAGAGAUGGAGUGCAUCCAAAUGAUAGCGGGGAUGUCAAGAUGGCCAAUGUGUGGUUUCCGGCGGUUGUCAGGGCUUUUGAAGCGGUGAGGGCGGAUAGGGGCACAGCAGUCGCUAUGAUUGCGAGGGAGUUCGCUGGGUAG